GUUCGCAAUACUCGUUGAAACAGGGUCAUGGCGCAAGCGGCGCGUGCGCAGCUCGAUAGCGUUUGUAUAUUUUGUUAUCUCUUUUCCUCGUGUAUUUUGUAACUCGUUUUAUAAAGCGGAUUUCCUUAACUUACUUUCUUUAUCACGGAUACGAAAAAUGUAUUUUGAGGUGAAGUAAUGUCGGAUUUUAAAGGGUGUUGGGUGAACUGAGAAAAAAGGGUUCAAAGGUCACAAUGCGGAAAGACCUAGUCUCCUUAAUACUGAAGCACACAGUGACCUCCCGUCGCCACCUCACUCCUGAGCUGACUCUGCGUCUGGUGACCCCUGACUGCCCGCUGUGGAGAGCCACGGAAGACCAGGUCCCGUUUAAGGACCCCUUCUGGGCUUUUUAUUGGCCUGGAGGUCAGGCUACUGCGAGGUAUAUCCUAGAUAAUGGUGAUCUAGUCAAGAAUAGAAAAGUCCUGGAUGUCGGCUGUGGCUGCGGGGCGGGAAGCAUAGCUGCUGCUAAAAUGAAGGCCAAGAGAGUGGUGGCCAAUGAUAUUGACGAUUAUGCCGUUAUUGCCACUGAAAUGAAUGCCGAAUUGAAUGACGUCAUAAUUGAAACUAGUACUGAAAACUUGGUCGGUGACCCUUGUAGAGAAUUUGAUACUAUCCUCAUAGGAGAUAUGUUUUACGAUGAAGAAUUCGCCAAUAUAUUGUUUGAAUGGCUACAUAGGCUCACUGCUGAUGGCAAAACAGUACUAAUAGGUGAUCCCGGUCGUCACGGGCUGACGAACAAGAGACGGGGCGCCAUGACACUUCUCGCGAGGUACCAGCUACAACCACAUAGUUGUAUGGAAAACCACGGGUUUACUCACACCACUGUUUGGCAGCUUAAUAAAUGAGAUUUUUUA